AUGGAGAUAACAACCGAUAUUGCUACCACCAGCAAUACAAACGCCCCCGGAAUCAUCACAAGCAUGAAACGUGAGUUUCACAAAGCCGCGAUGAAAGGUAACAUCGAUGCGUUUAGAGGAAAGGAUGGUGAGCAAAUUGAGAACAUACUGACCCCAAAUAAAAACACAAUCCUUCAUGUACACCUCAUAAACAACAACAGUAACGAUGUAUCAGAAAUAUUUGUGGAAGAGGUUCUAGCAAAACAAGAAGAUGAAAAUGGUUGGGUGCCACUUCACUUGGCAGCACUUUGUUCAAGUUCAAGUAUGGUAGAGGUGUUGCUAAGGAAUGAUAGCAGUACAGCAUAUAUGAGAGACAACAAGGGAAGGACGGCUCUUAACAUUGCAGCACUUCGUACAGAUCCUUUUAAAAUGGAAGAAGUAACGAAAACGAUAAUAGAAAACUGUCCAGAUUGCUAUGAGUUGGUGGAUGACAAGGGCUCCAAUUCCAUUCACUAUACUACUAUGGAAGAUAGGAUUCUACAAGAUGCACCACUAGUAAGCAGCAUGUACAAUGAGAAAGAUGAUGAUGGCAACAUCCCCCUUCACAUCCUUGCCCAUCUUGCUCCCAUAUAUGCUGGCAGAGAAUUUUCUUGUGAUCCUUUACUAGAAAGACGACAUCCAAGAGUGGACACAAUGGUGGGUGGACGAGUUAUAAAUAAACAUGUUAGAAAGAAGGAAGUAGAGAAGAGACAUGAUGAAGCUGUUGAUAAAAAGAAGGAACAACAUAAGAAAGAUUAUCGAGAUGAUUAUGAUGUAAUGGCAUCAACCAACGCCGUAGUGGCAAUAUUAAUUGCAACAGUAACAUUUGCAGCAGGAUUUACGCUGCCUGGAGGACUGAUACAAGAGGGAAAACAUCAGGGCUCUCCCAUUUUGAAGUAUAAUGCGGCUUUUAUAGCAUUUGUUAUAACGGACUGCCUCUCAUUUGUUCUCUCUGUUUGUACUGUUCUUGUUCUUUUUUUGUCGUCACUUUUAAGAUGGAAGAAGAAGGUGUAUGCAUUGGUGUUGAGAGACUGUAAGCGUUUAACAAUGGAGGCAACGGGAUUCAUGAUACUAGCAUUUGGGACGGAAGUGUAUGCUGUGCUAGGUGUUUCCACAGGUUUUGGUGUUCGCAGUCUUUUGAUUGUAUUGUCCUUUUUCGUCAUCUUUAUUGGAUUCUCUUGGAGAGCAAUAGUCACUAUGAGAAAUCGACAAAUCUAUCUCCCUGGUUACGAUUUUUUGAAACUAAGAGACAUUCAAUUGUCUGAUGCUCUCUAA